AGUGAGGGCAGCCUUGGAAGGGCAGGCCCGCCCCCUCAGGUGACUGCACAGGGGCGGCCCGGGGUUCGGGCGGCUCCCCUAUGACGUUGGCGCGGAGUCACUGGCACUGACUUUUUCGUGCAGUCGGCGGUCGGCUGUGGGAAGUUUCUUGCUCUUUGCGACCGGGACAAUGUGGGCUCUGACACUGACGCUGCUCUUGGCCGCCGGCUGUGCGGUGAUUGCCGAGCCCGUCAACUUCCUGGACUGCGGUUCCAAAGAUGGAAAUAUCAAAGAGGUCAAUGUGAGUCCUUGCCCCACACAACCUUGUGAGCUUCGCAAAGGGGACUUCUACACAAUCAAUGUCACUUUUUCUAGUAAGGUUGACAGCCAAGGAAGCCAAGCAAAAGUGUAUGGAGAAGUACUACAUGUGCCCAUUCCCUUUCCGCUAGACCAGCCUGAUGGAUGCAAGUGUGGGAUCCAGUGUCCUAUUCAGACAGGGCAUUCUUAUAACUACCUGAACAGGCUUCCAGUGAAGACUGAGUAUCCAUCUCUGAAAUUAGUUGUCAAAUGGGAACUGCUUGAUGACCAAGACCAGAUGUUGUUCUGCUGGAUGAUUCCUGUCCAGAUCACCAGUUAAAGAGCCCCUGCAGUUUACUGGGGAAUGGAAGAGGCAGUUGGAUACAGACAGAGUCAAGUGCUUUGCUGUAAAUGGCAUUUCUUAUUUUGAUUCACGCAACUACUGUCUUCCCAAGGUCCAGAUGAAGCAAGUGGCCAGUGCCCAGGCCAAAAUGAAUCUACUCAAGAAGGUUGGAGGAAGUCUUUUACUGUAGUUCAGGGCAAAGGUUCAUGUAACUAUUGACAAAAGUGACUGAAAUGGCACAUACAUAUAGAAGGGCCUUUUUCUGUGCGGAAACUGGGGCAGCAAACAUCAUGACUAUUGUUGUUGAUCGACACUGUUGUGCCUCUCAUAAUCAGAUACUGCAGGCUUCUGUUUGCUCCCUCUCCCUCCCCCUGACAUGGACUUUCCUUGGAUCUGCUUUUUUCACUUGGAGCCAAAAGGAAACUGAAUAGAAAUAACCUUCUGCACAGCUUGUUUCAAAGAAGGGGAGUUUCCUGAAAAUAGCCCAAAAUGGCAUUCGAUUGCUGUGCAGGGAUAACUUGCAUUAACAAAUGGUUUGCACUGUCUUGUAAAGUGGAGUUGCUGGGAAAACAGCUGUUUCAACCCCAGCCUCUUUUUAUAACUUUUCUUUUAAUAAACUGUUACAAAUGAA